AUGGCCGACAGACUCGUUCCCGUUAUUUCGCUGAAAGACUUUGACAGUCGCAAAGACGAAAUCACACGGCAGCUUGUAGAUGCAGCUGAACAUGCAGGCUUCUUCACCCUGGUGGAGCAUGGGCUUUCUGUCGAGGAAAUUGAAUCCCAAUUCUCCAUCUCGAAGAAGUUCUUCGGUCUUCCAGCUGAAGUCAAGGGAAGAACUCCGCAUGACACCAAGACCAACAAUGGAUGGGAGUACAUGGCUCAACUGCGCCCGAGCACGGGGACCUAUGAUCAGAAGGAAUCUCUGUGGUUGCAGCGUCACUCGCAGUGGCCGAGCGAUGAGGAUGUCCCAGGCUUCCGAGAGACAACGGAGGCCUUCAUGCGCAAGUGUGCAGAUAUCUCCGACCGUGUUCUGUCGUGCUUUGCCGUUGCCCUGGGAUUUUCCGAGGAUUACUUCAAAGUUGCCAACGAUCCAACUCAACCCGACUGUUUGACACAACUUCGCCUCAUUCAUUACCCGCCGUCGACGAACGCAAUUGGCACUUGGAGAGCUGGAAGCCACACCGACAUUGGAUGUCUCACCCUUCUAUUCCAGCGAGACGGGGAGGAUGGUCUCGAAAUCUGUCCAGGCAGGGAGACCCACUCCAGCUUCGCGCUGGGCGAUGUUUUUACACCACUACCUGCUAAGACAGGCCCGAUUGUUGUCAAUAUCGGUGAUAUGCUUAUGGCUUGGUCCGAUGACCGUUUGAAGUCUAAUUUCCACCGUGUGCGUGCAAAGGACGUGGGCUUGUCUCCGUCUCGAUACUCCAUUGCAUAUUUUAAUCAAGCUCGACGGGACUUUGUCUUACAGGGGCCGCAAAAGAAAUACCCUCCCAUAACUGUUGGAGAGUAUUUCGCUCAGGCUGUUGCAAAGAACUUCAGUAGACAGGUGGCAGUCGCUACAUGA